CUCAUCAACAUCUCAAUAUCCAAACCAAUUAUUCCAUCUCCAACCUCAUCCUCAUAAGCACCUAUAGCAUACAAUACAAGUAUACAACAAACUCAAGAGAUCAACAAACCUGCAAUUAAUCCAACCCCAUGGUUUCCCUACAAACAUCAGCUCUUGUUUCUUCUUCCUGUUCUUCUAUCAGGACAGUUAGCGCAGCUAUCCAUGUCCCUAAACUCCCAAGAUUGUCUUUCCGGGUUCCGCAAUUAGCAAAAACUAAGCUGGUUGAGGAAUUCAAUGGAACCAAAGACAGGACCCAAUUACAAAACAAUGUCCUCACAGAACAAACAUAUGACGGUUUAUUGCAAAAAACAAACAAUAACACCAAGUCAAAGGUCAAUAUCCAACUCUAUGCAAUCUUGGAAGCUGUUGCUGACAGAAUUGAAAUGCACCAAAACAUUGGCGAGCAGCGUGACAACUGGAACACUCUUCUUUUGAACUCCAUCAACAUGAUUACUCUCACCGCCACAACCAUGGCUGGUGUUGUCGCUGCCACUGGUGGUGCUGGUGCACCACUUCUGGCAUUGAAACUGUCAUCUGCUUUAUUGUUUUCGGCGGCUACAGGGUUGUUGCUUGUCAUGAACAAGAUUCAGCCCUCUCAACUCACUGAGGAGCAACGAAAUGCAACUAGAUUGUUUAAACAACUCAAGUCCCACAUCGAAACCACAAUUGCAAUUGGAAAUCCUUCAGAGGAAGAUGUGAAGAGUGCAAUGGAGAAGGUUUUGGCCCUUGACAGAGCUUAUCCACUUCCCCUGUUGGGUGCUAUGCUUGAAAAAUUCCCUGCAACAUUUGAACCAGCAAGGUGGUGGCCUUCAACUCAGUUCCAAAGGGAAAACAAUGUAAAAGUACAGAGCAAAAGAAUGGGAAAAGUGAAUGGAUGGAGUGAAGAACUAGAAAUGGAAAUGAGGGAAGUUAUGGAAGUGGUGAGGAGAAAGGACAGUGAGGAUUAUGACAGGCUUGGAAACAUAGCCUUGAAAAUCAACAAGACUUUGGCCAUUGCUGGGCCCUUACUCACAGGAGUUGCAGCAGUGGGAUCUACAUUUGUGGGAAAUGGUUCUUGGGCAGCCUUUGUUCCCCUAGUGGCUGGCUCAUUGGCUGCAGCAAUUAACACUUUUGAGCAUGGAGGGCAAGUAGGCAUGGUUUUUGAAAUGUACAGAACAUCUGCAGGCUUCUUCAACAUGUUGGACACCUCAAUUGAAUCAACAUUAGGAGAGAAAGAUUUGGAGAGAAGAGAAAAUGGGGAGCUCUUUGAAAUGAAGAUGGCUUUGCAAUUGGGAAGAAGUGUGUCACAGCUGAGGGAACUAUCCUCAAAAUCUACUUCCUGUAGCUUGGAAGGAAUUGACAUUGAUGAAUUUGCCAGCAAGCUCUUCUAAGAUAAUCUUGAAGACAAACACAUUCUUUUAUUCUUUCAUUAUUUCAUGUAUAGUCCUCUGACAUAGAAAGCAAAUGUAUACAAUAGACUAGAGAGAAUCUGAUUCUGCAUAUACAAUUUGUAACUUCAACAUGUAAUUGAGUAGCUGACUCCAUGAUAGAUAUUCUUUUCAAAAUUUUGACAAAGCCA